GCCUCGCGAUUGCGAAAAUCUCCUCACAACCCGUUCGCUGCGCGUUUCGUUAUAUCUUUCCACGUGAUAAUGCUCGACAAACUAAAUAGCGCUAGUGAGGAUUUCGAUUUAACUGUGAGCAGUGCCGCCAAAGCCGACGUUUGGAAAGUGGAACCGUCAGCCGUAGCGAAAAACUGCAGGAACUUGAUAAGGGAAGUCGUAGACACUUUAGAUCUGCAGCCGAACCCGGCCAAAUCGGUGAUCGCGCUCUCUCUAGGGGAUCCGACGAUAUACGGCAACCUCGCCCCGCCUCCGGAAGCGGUAAAAGCCGUCGUAGCCGCUACCGAAGGGGGCGGCUACAAUGGCUACGCGCCGAGCGUAGGCUACAACCGAGCGCGAAGCGCCGUAGCCGAUUACGUGAGCUACGACGGAGUACGCUACGAAGCCCGAGACGUGAUUCUCUGCAGCGGGUGCUCUUCUGCGCUAGAAAUGUGCAUCACCGUAUUGGCUGACUCGGGCAAAGGCCAGAACAUUCUCAUCCCGAGACCGGGGUUUUCGAUUUAUCGCACCCUGGCCGAGGCCGUCGGAGUAAACGUCAAAUAUUACGACCUGAUCCCCGAGAACAAUUGGGAAGCGGACUUGCAACACCUGGAGGACCAAGUGGAUGCCAAAACUGCGGCCAUCGUGGUGGUGAAUCCUUCGAACCCUUGCGGCUCGGUUUACAGCGGGCGCCAUCUGGCGGACAUAUUGGACUUGGCGUCGAAGUAUAGACUGCCCGUGAUCGCGGACGAGAUUUACGAGAGGCUCGUGUUUCCGGGUACCGGAUUCGUGUCCGUCGCUUCGCUGCACUCCGGGGUGCCUAUCUUGAUCUGCGGCGGAUUGGCCAAAAGGUUCUUGGCUCCCGGCUGGCGUCUAGGCUGGAUACUAUUGCACGACGAAGUAGGUGCUUUCGACGCCAUCCGCGAAGGCUUGACGCGCCUGAGUCAACGCACGAUAGGGAGUAACACUUUGAUCCAAGGAGCGUUGGCGGAUAUUUUCAAAAACACUCCUCAAAGCUUCCACGAGGCGCUCGUAGCGACCCUACAUCGUCACGCUCUGGUAACCUACGAUAGAUUGUGCGACGCGAAGGGUCUCACGCCUUACAUGCCCGACGGAGCCAUGUACAUGCUGGUGGAAGUUCAUCUGAAGCGAUUCCCGGAGUUUGAAACGAGCCUGGACUUUGUCAAGGCCAUGAUGGAAGAGGAAUCCGUGUUUUGUUUGCCCGGGGAUUGUUUCGGGAUCUCGGGGUUCGUCCGGAUAGUCCUCACCGUGCCCGAAGACCUUUUGAUGAAGGCCUGCGACAGGAUUCGCGACUUUUGCAAUAAUCAUUAUCGAUUUUGAAAGACUGACUCGGCAUUUUUUAGGUUUAACUUUUCCGACGGGUGUCUUUUAGAUUAAGCUUACCAAUAAUACA